AUCAGUGGCAUCCCCGUAAUUUUACCCCUAAGCUGCCUCUGCUUAUGUCUAAAAAUCAACCCUUCUGCGGCGCACUUUAGAAGAAGAGAGAAAAAUAGAAAAGAAAGUGGGAAACCUACAAAACCGAGAAAAAGAAAAGCUCAUCAAUUUUCAACUAACAAUAGCAUCCCAAUUCUCUCUCAACUUAUUCUUUCUCUCUGUUUUUUUUUGUAUGUGUGUAUUUUUCUCUUGUUGUGUCUGCAAUUGAAAAAAAAAACAAAUGGAGCAAACUUUGGCUAUCUUCAAGCUUGAAGCUUGUGGUAUCAUCUAGGAGAAAAAAGUUUCUUUUUUUCUCCUUUUGUUUGACUUAGUUUAGUUAUCUUCGUUAAAAGUUAACAAAAGUGUUGAUGGGGAGAGGUUGCAGGAGGAUGGUAGCAGGAAAUUUGGAUCCAGAUAGAAAAAGAAGCGGUGGGUUGAGAACAAAGCAGGCUGGUAGAGGCUCUUGUAGAGGAAGUUAGUUUUAGUUGCUCUUUUUUCUUUUCAUGUUUCUUAAAUGUGGGAUGUUAUAAAAAUUGCUCCUUGAGUCGUUCUUUGUUGGUUGCUUUGCUUCAAUAUUAAGUGUAUGAUCUUUGAGAAUAAGAAGAAGAAGAAGCAGAAGAAAAAAGGAGAAGUGCUAUGGGUGGUUUGUUGAAAGAAGCUUUGAAGUCACUUUGUGGGGUGAGUCAAUGUUCUUAUGCUGUUUUUUGGAAGAUCGGCUGCCAGAAUACUAUGUUACUAAUUUGGGAGGAAUGUUACAUUGAAUCUGCACCGUCUUCGGUCCCUCCAUGCAUUGCCAGACUUAAGAACCCCGGAUUGUCAUUUGGAGAGCAGGAGGGAUGCUGGGGUUCCGAAACAUCCUCUCAAUUUGGGAGUCGAACAUGGGACGACAAAGUCCAUUUCCUGAUGAACAAAAUGAUGAUAAAUAAUCGCAUUAUUAUAGUUGGACAAGGGUUAGUUGGGCGAGCGGCAUUUACUGGUAAUCAUCAGUGGAUUCUUGCAAAUAAUUACAUUACAGAUGCCCACCCCCCUGAGGUUCUUAAUGAGUUGCAUCUCCAAUUUUCAGCUGGCAUGCAGACUGUUGCGGUUAUUCCUGUUCAUCCUCACGGAGUUCUUCAGCUUGGUUCUUCCACGACUAUUAUGGAAAACAUGGGAUUUGUGAAUGAUGUGAAGAGUUUAAUUCUCGGUUUGGGAUGCAUCCCUGGAGCUCUUCUCUCUAACAGCUAUGGAGCAAAUGAAUGCAUUGAGAAAACCAGGAUUCCCAUUUCCUUUGAAAAUUCCAUGGCUUCAGUUUCUGAUGGCCGCAACCAACAAAGCAAUUCAUCUCAGACUUCCAUGUUUAUUGACCGAUCAUCUUCCCUGAUCAGUCAAGAGAUGAAGCCAAACAUAUAUUGUAGAAGUCAAAUGGAAUCCGGAGCUGGUGCUGAAGUAAUUCACUCUAACUCAGCUUUGUGGCAAAACCCGCAAGUUUCUUUUAGCAACUCACUGUCUGGGUUCAACUGUCGGCCAAUGAUUGGUCAACCAAUUUCCAGCCACAUCAGCAUAAAGUCAAUGGAUCAACAAGUUUUAUCAGAUGGCCGGCAAAAUCAUGUUAUCAAUAGCAUUACUGCAUCGAAUGGUCAAAUGAAACCAGAAUCAAUCCCUGGCAUUGUUCCAAACUUGCAAAAACACGUUUUUACUUCCUCUUGCAUGCAAUUGGCAGGGAACGGGAUUCAGCAAGUUGGUUCGUCUAGGGUGGAGGUUCCUUCAUCCAUCCUGACUGAUCAGUUAACAACUACUUGUAUGCUUUAUCAAGGACAUGAAUCUGAGAAUUUUAGGUGUAUUCCGAAGAAAGAAAGUAUGGAUAAUGAUUUGUUUGAAGCACUUAGUAUCCCAUUGCCCCAUGCUGAUGAGAGCAUGCCCUUUGCUGAGCAACUUCCUAGUGCUUUUCAUGAUUGCCUGAAGCAUGAAAGUGAAAAUUCAAGUACUAAAUCCUUCAAUGUUAACUAUGGUGAUGUGUGCGUCCAGCCUCCAUCAGGGGAUGGCUUGUUUGAUGUAUUGGGGGCAGAUUUGAAGAGUAAAUUACUUGGUGAGAAAUGGAAUAGUGUUCUUGCCAAGGGACAAGAUUUGAAGAUGCAAAAUGUGGGCAAGGAUACUUCAAUAUUUAGGGAUAUGGCCAUUGUGCUUCCUGAUCAUUGUUCUGCUAGUGAAGGGAUUUCCAACCGGGGAAUUUACUCUCUGGUGGGUAAAGAUCAUCUUUUGGAUGCUGUAGUUUCUAGUGCCCAUUCUGCCGGGAAGCAGAUAUCAGAUGAUAAUUUGUCCUGCAGGACAACAUUGACAAAGUUCAGUAACUCAUCUGUUCCUAGUUGUUCCGGUACCUUCAGCCAGUCUAAAAUUUCCAAUCAAGUUCGUGAGGAGUUACUAGGUGGCCUUCCUAAGUCUCUGUUGAAGGGAGGAACUCUUCCAUCCAGUUCUUAUAGAUCUGGCUGUAGCAAAGAUGAUGCUGGAACUUGUUCUCAGACUACUUCAAUGUAUGGGUCUCAAAUCAGUUCAUGGGUUGAGCAGGGUCAUAAUUCAAGGCGUGACACCAGUGUCACAACUGUAAACUCAAAAAGGAACAAUGAAACGACCAAACCAAAUAGCAAAAGACUAAAAUCUGGAGAGAACCCUCGACACAGGCCAAAAGAUCGCCAGAUGAUCCAAGAUCGAGUAAAAGAGUUGAGAGAAAUUGUACCAAAUGGAGCAAAAUGUAGCAUUGAUGCUCUUCUUGAAAAGACCAUCAAGCAUAUGAUUUUUCUUCAAAGUGUAACAAAGCAUGCAGACAAGUUAAAACAAACGGGAGAGUCUAAGAUAAAGGAAAACUUUGAGGGAGGUGCGACAUGGGCAUUUGAGGUCGGCUCACAAUCUAUGUUGUGCCCUAUUGUGGUUGAGGAUCUCAAUAGACCUCGUCAGAUGCUUGUAGAGAUGCUUUGUGAAGAACGGGGUUUCUUCCUUGAAAUAGCCGACUUUAUCAGAGGGUUGGGAUUGACCAUCUUGAAGGGAGUUAUGGAAACUAGGAAUGACAAGAUCUGGGCACAUUUCACUGUGGAGGCAAACAGGGAUGUUACGAGGGUGGAGAUAUUUAUGUCACUUGUUCGUCUUCUGGAGCAAACUGCGAAGGGCAGCAGCACAUCAUCUGCCAAUGCUUUCGAUGGCAACAUGGUUCAGCACUCUUUUCCUGAAGCUGCAUCUAUCCCGGCAACUGGUAGGACCACUAGUUUACAGUGAACCACCUUGCAGCCUGGUAUUCCGGUCUAUUGACAUGUUAAGAGCAGGCCCUACCUUUGCUUGCCGUGACUAACAUACAGUCUGUAGAUUCGGGUGGUUCGUACCUUGACUAACGUUUGUUGUUUCCCACGACUGACCUCGUUUUCAAGAGGAGGGAACUUGUUUAGGUAAUGAAAGAACGUCAAACAACUUUUAAAUGGCCCGUAUUUGGAUUUUGCUGGACCAUUUGACGGAUAAACCUGUAGGCGUAAUAGUUUUCUGGGGGGGGGGAUUCCUAAUGUAUAGAGGAAUGGGAUAUGACAUGAAAGGGAUGAGUUGUGCUAGAUUUCGUCAUGUGCUGCUUGUUUUUAGUUAUUUUGUUGUGUAGUCGUAUUGUGUUGGCAAUAUGCUGGGGGUGACACCAGCCAAGGGACUGCGUUUUGU